GGAUGUGACGUGAGCGAGCGGGAGUAUGGAAAACCCAACACUGGAUAAUUCCUCUCUCUCUCUCAACCUCCGCUUUUCCUUCACUCAGCGUGUCACUACUCCACAUCUUUGAUCGUCUUCUGACCAGAGGGGAAAAAAACAAUCACUCCACCAUUCAUCCGCGCUAGCAGUGACAUGCAGCACAGAGGGCGGCUGCUGCUGCUGCAUACACAGAGAAACAUUACAAUCUCAGAGAGGAUCCAGUCAGGAGCAAAGCCAGAAAUCUGACUCAGGAGCUUCAUUUCCAGACAUCUGUUUUCCUCCUCAGCCCUGCAGCAGGAAGCAAAGCAGAAGGGUAAGAAGGUGACUGCAGCCGGUGAUGGACCUGACCGUCUGACGUGUGACGUCCAGGGAAGGCUUGAAGAACGUACCGACAAGGACCGAGCACAAUGAGCGGUCAGGACAAAUGGGUCACACUGACCCCGGCAGAGUUUGCCCUGCUGCAAGAAUACACUCAGUACUCUACCAAGAAGCUGAAGGAUGUGUUGCAGGAGUUCCAUGGAGACGGAGUGUUGGCUAAAUACAACCCAGAGGAGAAGCAGGAAAUCCUCAGUCAGGAGAUUGACUUUGAAGGUUUCAAGGUCUUCAUGCAGACUUUCCUGGAGAGUGAACUCCCUGAGGAGUUCUGUCAACAUCUCUUCAUGUCGUUUAGCAACAAGGGACCCAGACCCAGUCCCUCAUCUGCUGACAAGCCCAGAGUCUCUGGCCUUAAGCUCAUCAAAAGCAACUCGACUCCUCUGAAGACCUCUGCCCCUCCCGGUCCUCUGGAUAUGGUGCAGCUGAAGGAUAUUGUGUUUUACCUCUCGCUGCUGGAAGGCGGGCGACCUGAGGACAAACUAGAGUUUAUGUUUCGGCUCUAUGACACAGAUGGAAACGGAUCGCUGGAUAGCUCGGAGCUGGAGCACAUUAUCUCCCAGAUGAUGCACGUAGCAGAGUACCUGGAAUGGGACGUGACGGAGCUCAAACCGAUCCUCCAGGAAAUGAUGCAUGAGAUCGACUACGAUCAGGACGGUACGGUGUCCCUGGGGGAGUGGAUCCAAGGAGGCCUGACCACCAUCCCACUGCUGGUCCUGCUGGGUCUGGAGACGAAUGUAAAAGAUGAUGGGCAGCACGUGUGGAGGCUGAAGCACUUCAACAAACCCGCCUACUGUAACCUGUGUCUCAACAUGCUAAUUGGGCUGGGGAAGCAGGGACUCUGCUGCUCAUUUUGCAAGUAUACGGUCCAUGAGCGCUGUGUGGCUCGCGCUCCACUUUCUUGCAUCAAAACGUACGUGAAAUCCAAGAAAAACACUGAGGUAAUGCAUCAUUUCUGGGUGGAGGGGAACUGCCCCACCAAGUGUGACAAGUGUCACAAAACCAUUAAGUGUUACCAGGGCCUGACUGGGCUCCACUGUGUGUGGUGUCAAAUCACGCUCCAUAACAAGUGUGCUUCCCACGUCAAACCUGAGUGUGACUGCGGACCCCUGAAGGAUCACAUCCUGCCCCCAAACUCAAUCUGCCCCGUCGUCCUGGAACGGCAGUCGACUCUGAGAAAGGACUCCAGGUCCAGUCAGUCGAGUCGAGGAAAGAUGCAGAGGGCGAACUCUGUCACAGUGGACGGCCAAGGACUGCAGAUCACAACAAUAGAGGGCACUCAUCCUCUGCUGGUGUUUGUCAAUCCAAAGAGCGGGGGCAAGCAGGGGGAGAGAAUUUAUAGAAAGUUCCAGUAUCUCCUGAACCCGAGACAAGUGUACAACCUGGCCAAGAAUGGACCAUUGCCGGGUUUGAACUUCUUCCGAGAUGUUCCUGAUUUUAGAGUAUUGACCUGCGGAGGAGACGGCACUGUGGGCUGGAUCCUGGACUUUAUUGAUAAGGCCAACCUGGACAGGAACCCCCCUGUAUGUAUACUUCCUCUUGGCACGGGCAAUGACCUGGCGAGAUGUCUGCGAUGGGGAGGAGGCUAUGAGGGCGAAAACCUCCUGAAGAUCCUUCGGGACAUUGAGAACAGCACAGAGGUGAUGCUGGAUCGCUGGAAGAUCGAUGUGACAUCUGCUGACAAGGAGGAGCGAGGGGACCCGGUGCCUUACAGCAUUAUGAACAACUACUUCUCCAUAGGAGUGGAUGCAUCUAUUGCACAUCGUUUCCAUGUGAUGAGAGAAAAGCACCCUGAGAAAUUUAACAGCAGAACAAAGAAUAAGCUGUGGUACUUUGAGUUCGGCACUUCGGAGACGUUUUCGGCCACGUGUAAGAAGCUCCAUGACUUCUUGGAGGUGGAGUGUGAUGGCGUCACCCUGGACCUCAGCAGUAUCUCCUUAGAAGGCAUUGCUAUCCUCAACAUUCCCAGCAUGCAUGGCGGCUCCAAUCUUUGGGGCGAGAGCAAGAAGAGGCGAGGUCAGCGCAAGGCGGGAAAGAAGAGUCAAGAAAAACGGACACCAGUGGUCGACCCCAAAGAGCUCAUGUUUGCUGUUCAAGACCUGUCUGACCAGCUUCUGGAGGUGGUGGGGCUUGAAGGAGCCAUGGAAAUGGGUCAGAUCUACACAGGCCUGAAGAGCGCCGGUAGACGGCUGGCCCAGUGCUCCUCUGUAACCAUCAGAACCACUAAGUCCCUACCGAUGCAGAUUGAUGGUGAGCCGUGGAUGCAGACUCCCUGCACUAUUCAGAUCGUCCAUAAGAACCAGGCUCACAUGCUGAUGGGAGCGCCGCAAGGCCGCAGCUUCUUCUCUUCAAUCCUCAGACGAACGCGCUCUGAAAGCAAAGACUAAACCGUCGUCGGAUCCAAGUCGUUUCAAGCUCCUGCAGAAGCAGCUGUGGGAAAGUUUCAUCAAGACCCAGUGGUCCAGUUGAGGAAGGGACUCUGACGCCUGUUUGAUAGCCCAGCGGCCGGUAGCGCGCUGUAGCUUCGGUUUGUGUUGCCUGCAGCAUGAAGAUGUCUCUGAGAUUGAAUCCAAAAUAAGCUGUGAUCCGAACAGAGUUUGAUCUUCAGUGAGCUCCAAAAAUACCCCAGUUAUUUCUGGAAGUCCACCUCUGUUCUUGUUCUAUUUUCUGUAAAAAUGUAUUUUAUUUUUUUGCUGUUGUCCACUGUGCCAGUUUGAACAACCAAAUGGAUAAAUUAUGCAUUUAUUAAUUUAAUAAUUUUUUAUUUAUGCUUAUUUUCAUGUAUUUCUGCAUUCACCUGAUGCACGAUGGAAAGUAAAAACGGUUGCUAAUGACUGUAAGGUGUAAAAUCUGUAUUUCACUCAUGAAUGCUUCAGAUUAAUUUGCAAUAUUUUCCUUAUGAGUUGUCCGGUUUUAAUGCUACUCUUUAAGUGGGAAACACUUGUUGGUUAUUCAUAAAACAUGCAUGCUCCUUUUUGUUGUAUGCUGGGAGAUUUCUAGGAAGUUUCGCCAAUUCUGUGUACAUUUGCUGUUGCAUGAGAAAAGCUACAAGUUUGAAAAUAUUGUGGGCAUUUUUAAAUCUAGGCUUUGAAGCACUCAUCUUUAGUUUUAUCAUUGAGAUGAAUGAAUUUUGGUAGAAAAUUGCCAUAAAUCAUAGAGCAAAUACAACAGCCAAGUGUGUAAAAUCACAACAACUUGUUUGGUUCUCUUGGAAGCAUGAAUUAAACACCAAGGUCUCAAAAUAAGAUUACUUACUGUGUUUAUAGUGCGUUACAUUCGUACAGCCAACAUUUACAGUUGUCCAGAGGCUUUUUUUAUUGUCUUUCAUGCAAAAACACAAAAUAUUACCAAAUAUUUUUGGUCUAGAUUCUGGUGCAAAUAUGUUAUUACACUUAAAAUGAGACCAAACUUACUUACAAAUAAGUUUUAAGCAAGAUAUACAGUAGGUGCUUGUUUUAAGUAGAUUAUUUUUUAAUAUUGAUGAAAAGAUACUUGUUCCACUGGCAGAUGAUUUCACUCAUAACGAGACAUUUUCCCAUGUUAAUUUUGUCUUAUUUCAAGUGUAAUAAGACAUUUUCACUAGAAACUAGACCAAAACUAAUUGGUAGUAUUUUGUCUUUUGCAGUGUAGUAAAAUUUGCCUGGACUUUCGUAACACAGUUGCUUGCUAAAAUAAUCACGCCAUGUAAACUUAUAACUUUCACUCACAAUUUGUUAUGUUUCAGCUAAAAACGGUAACUAUGUCUUUGUGAUUUGCUGUUAUAUUCUGCCAAAAACACAAAAUCUUACCAAGUAUUAUUGGUCUAGUUUCUAAUGCGAAUACAGUUUAAAUAAAAAUAAAACUAACUCAUAAGUAACUCUUCAGCUGGAAUUAUGAGCUUUUUUAAGUCAGUAAUUCCUUAAUAUUUAUUUAAUAAAUAUACUAGUUCCAUUGGGCAGAUUAUUUCACUUAUAAGACAUUUUCACCAAGUUAUAAGUGAAAUAAUCAAUCAGUGCAUCUAAAACUGGGUUGCUAGGUAACGGGUUGGGCUUGGCUGGGGUUGCUAGGUAACCUGAUUAUGAAGUACACGGUAAUAGAACUUUUUCAUCAAUGUUAAAGGAAUUAUUUACUCUAAACAAGAUGCUAUAUCUUGCUGAAAAGUUACUCAUGAGUUAGUUUUGUCUUAUUUUAAGUUUAAUAAAUAUUUGCUCUGGAAACUAAACCAAAAAAAUACUUGGCAUAAUUUUGUGUUUUUGCCGUGUUUGAGCCAUUUAAUCCAUAAAAGCACUCUUACUGGCACUGGUAAUUAUUCAUUUCUGCGUAUCGCCUUCACUUGCACCAAAAGCAUAAACUGUUCUGGAUGUUUUUCUGAUUUACUGUAAGAGCCUUGUUUUUUUUAAAAUGCAUGUUUUUCUGAGAAUGACCUUUGGACUGGCUGUUCCUCUAAAAGUGCCAUCUGUGAUGUGGAGACUAAGAUCAGAGUCUCACUACUUUCUUGUGCUUUGUAAAGUGCAGCAUUUGUACAGUGAGGUUGUAUUUUUGUACACAGUAUGAUUUAUUUUUCCGCCUCCUGCUUCACUCUGGCUCUCUCGCUCUGUUGUUGUUGCCCACAAACAACUUACGUCUGCUAACACUGACCGAGAAAAGCGAUAGAAACAAUUAAAGGCUUUAGCUGUUUGA